CAGCUUUUCUACCAUGCACAGUGGUAAAAAAAGUGAUCCAAAUUGGGGACGAAGAACAGUGAGUUUAACUUCUCAAACUCUUUUGAACUUUAGAGAGCAUCUAGAGUCGUGUUUUCCUCUGUUUUUUUUUUCUUUGUAGAUUAGCUUUGCGUCUUAAUUAUCGAGUUUAUUUGACUAUAAUAAUCCGCCCGCCUGCCUUGUUCCUGCUGCUGCUGGCUACUGUGCUGUGCUCCCACUUUUCCCUCUCUCUUUUGUUCCAUAUGGUAUAAAUGUGGCCUCUUUGCUCACAGGUAUCACGAGCUUGCUUUGCUUCUUUCUUUCACCAUCUCCUCCAUCUCUGAGAGGGAGGAGCUCUUUUUUUAACUCUCGCGAGAGUUAUAGCCCAUCUCUCGACCGAUCGAUCCUUGUGUGUUCCUUCCACCUCCUUGCCCGUGCUCCAGAGUUUUUGUCAGGAAUUUCCUUUUCUUUGGCCUUGGCUCGCUUUUCUAGUCGCGUUCUUCUCGAAUUCCCGGGGAAUGCUCGCGGCACCGUGAGCUCGGCGAGAGAUUUGGAGGACUUGGGCAGCUUCAUCGUGUCGCGGAGCUUCCUCUAGCCGGGGCGACGAUGGCUCUAGCUGCGCUCGUCUGCAUUCUCAGCCUGGUGGUCACUUCGGUGGAAUCCAGAGCUAGCAGCAGCGACAAAGAGUACCUCAAGAUCAGCAUCGACGCUCUCUUCCUCGGAAGAAAUCCCACUCCCGUAACUCCAGCUCGCGGCUCCUCCUCCUCCUCCACCCAAGGCCUGGAGGAAAAAGAAGAGUCUGUCAGCAGUGGUCUCCAAAUCGGUCUCAUGCACAGAGAUUCGGCAGAUUCACCGUACCGCCCAGCCAACGCCACCGUACACGGCCUCGUCCGCAAUCGUCUCCACCGUGACGAGCUCCGCCUCCUGUCCAUCUCCUCCCGGAUCAGCCUCGGAGUCGCCGGGAUCCCAAAGUCGAGCCUCACGAAUCCCCUCAAGAACACCAACCCCUUCUUGCAGCAGGACUUCGAGACGCCGCUGCGAUCCGGCCUCUCCGACGGCAGUGGCGAGUACUUCGUCUCUCUCGGAGUCGGAACACCUCCGCGAACCGUCAACAUGGUUGCCGACACCGGAAGCGAUGUUCUCUGGCUCCAAUGCCUGCCUUGCCAGAGCUGCUACGGCCAGACGGACCCUCUGUUCAAUCCUUCCUUCUCCUCGACUUUCCAGUCCAUCACCUGCGGGAGCUCGCUGUGCCAGCAGCUCUUGAUCCGCGGCUGCCGGAGGAACCAGUGCCUGUACCAGGUCUCUUACGGCGAUGGCUCCUUCACUGUCGGUGAGUUCUCCACCGAGACUCUUUCCUUCGGUUCCAACGCUGUCAACUCGGUUGCCAUCGGCUGCGGGCACAACAAUCAAGGCCUCUUCACUGGCGCUGCUGGACUUCUCGGACUCGGCAAGGGACUUCUCUCGUUUCCGUCACAGGUCGGCCAGCUCUACGGCAGUGUUUUCUCGUACUGCCUGCCGACUAGAGAGUCCACCGGAAGUGUGCCGCUCAUCUUCGGCAACCAGGCAGUGGCAUCCAAUGCUCAGUUCACCACCCUGCUCACGAACCCGAAGCUGGAUACCUUCUACUAUGUUGAGAUGGUCGGCAUCAAAGUUGGCGGAACCUCAGUAAGCAUCCCGGCGGGUUCACUCUCGCUAGAUUCGUCGACUGGAAACGGUGGUGUGAUCCUCGACUCGGGCACUGCCGUCACCCGGCUCGUCACCUCGGCCUACAACCCGAUGAGGGAUGCUUUUCGAGCUGGUAUGCCGUCGGACGCGAAGAUGACGAGCGGCUUCUCUCUGUUUGACACUUGCUACGACCUGUCUGGGCGAUCGUCGAUAAUGUUGCCGGCAGUGAGCUUUGUGUUCAACGGAGGUGCUACCAUGGCGUUGCCUGCUCAGAACAUCAUGGUUCCGGUGGACAACUCGGGGACUUACUGCCUGGCUUUUGCUCCAAACAGCGAGAACUUCUCGAUCAUCGGCAACAUCCAGCAGCAGUCGUUCCGGAUGUCGUUUGAUAGCACUGGCAACCGCGUCGGAAUUGGUGCUAACCAGUGCAACUGAGUGAGUUAUCACAAAUCUAUGGCUUUUUUCGGCUGCAAAACAAAGCGUGUGCAUGGUAAGUAAAAGAAAAACUAUAGAAACAAGGAGUAACAAAAACAAGAGAAAGAAAGUAGUUACCUUGUUAGAGCUGUUGCUCCGGAUUGAUGCUCUGUUCUAAUGCUAUCUCAUAAGAUUUCAA